AUGGAAAAUCCUGUUCAUCAUUUCCGGCAUCCACAUCCACUGAGCCUCAGAAAGUUCAACCAGCCAGGAAGAAAAUGUCAUAUGUGCCAGCGCCAACUUGAUUUAGAUGCCACUGUCUACGGCUGUGAGAGAUGUAGUUUCUUUCUUGUUUGCAGCGAAAAGAUCAAGCAUGGUAUCUACCACUGCGAAGAGACCAAUUGUCCGUUUGAUCUGGACCUUGGAUGUGCUGCCUUGACGCCUAGUAAGAAGUAUGCAGAUCGUGUAGCAGAGCUUCAAGGAAAUCAUCAGCAUGCCUUAAUUUUAUGUGACAAGCCAAAUGAAUUUUAUGAUUUUUACUACUGUUACAGCCGCUGCUAUGAGCUUAUUGUCGAUGAUAAACUUAUAUUUGCGUGCCUGGAGUGUAAGUGUCUGUUAGAUGAAUCUUGUGCUGCUCAGGGACGUGAAAUCAAGCACCCUUUUCAUCCUGAUCACCCUCUCAAACUUCAGCCCGUGAACUCUGUUUCUUCAGCCAAAUGCAGCGUCUGUGCUUCUACAGGUUUCUUAUUUGUUUUUCAGUGUUCUUUGCGUGACUUCGUUUUGGACCUUGAUUGUUCCAAACUGAAGCCAAGAACAAACAAAAUUGGCUCAGAUGAAGAAAUUAUUAAAAAUCAGUUUGUAAGCCAUCCGCAUCCCUUGAUUCAGUGUGAUACUAGUGGCAUAUCGAACUAUCAAGCCCGCUGCUAUGGCUGUGGGCUUCAUUUGUAG